AUGUUAAUAUUGAUCUUGUUAUUUUAGUUGACGCUAUCACAGCCUUAUGAAUAAGAGAUUAUUGAAUUAUAGAUGGAGAAACAAUAUGAAUUUUAUGGGUAUUGAUGUUUAAUAUAUGAAUAUUAGUAAAGUCCCAGGUACAUCAACUUCUGUUCUUUAUCCUGUUCACUUUUAUAAGUUCUUUGUUUAGAAUGUGAUACCUAAUGAAGACAUUUUUGUAGUGUUAAAAGCUCUACAUGAUCAAAGCUCAUUCCCCUCUCUUUACAUUAGUAAGGAGAAUUAAUAGUAUUGUAUUUGUAUUUAAUUAGUCCAACAAUUUAUGAUGAAUUAUGUGGUAAUAAAGGUAUGGAUGUUUGUGUCUUAGAAGAAAAUAAGCUUAUUGCAAAUACAACUUAUUAUUUAGGAGUAUAUUGUUUAUAGGAUUGUGAUUACGAAUUAACUAUUCAUUAUGAAGAGGAAGAAAUCUUAUAAUUAGGAUAAGCAGUGAUAGUGAAAUUUGAUAAUGAAACAGAAAGUAUCCUAAAAAUCGGUAUGCCAAGUACAAUGGAUGGAGUUGAUAGAAUCCUAAUCCGAGCUCAUCACAUCUACGAAAAGAAUACUAUAUUGAAUGAGUCAUUUCAUUUUUAUAUUAAUGAAGGGAAUGAAACUCCAUCACCUAGUUAAUUUUAAUAUGAAGCUGAAGAGAUUUGGAUGGUAGGAAAAGGAGUAGUGAUAUAUAAAAAUAGUACAAAUCUUAAAGGGAAUUUGACUUUGUUAAUGUUAGGUGUACCAAAUACUAGAUUAUAUUUUAUAUCAACAGUUUAUGAACGAAUUAGGGAGAUUGAUUUAUUUGAAAAGACAGAUGAUUUAGUAAUUGAGAGGAAAACAAAUUAUUAUAAACUAAUAAUAAAUAAUGAUUAUUUAGAAUUUUUGGAGGAAAAUUCAUUAUCAUUUGAUAUUCAUCCAUUUGAAGGUAAUCCUGAUGUUUAUAUAUCACCAUGUCAUUAAGGUGAAUGUUCAUUGGAUUAUAAACAUUAUCCAUGGCAAUCAUAAUUAGAUUUUGGUUAUGAAUCUAUAACAAUAUCUCCAGGAGAUAGAAUAAUAAAUGGAAAUGAAACUUAAUAUAUAAUAGCAAUUAAUGGAGUGGAUGAAUUUGCCAGUUAUUCAUUUGUAGCUUAUUUGAGUAAUUACUAUAGUAGAACAUUAUCUGUUUAUGCUUUUGAAUCUGGAUUUUUAGUAAAGAAUGAAUUUGCAGAAUAUAUUGUUGGAAUAUAUGAUCAACCAAAUUAAACAUUUACAAUAACUGCAAAUUAUCCAACAGGACAUGGUAUGAUUAUAUUAAAAAAAUGCAUUAAAGAUAAAAAUGAAUUAAGUUAGGUUUCAAAUUCAUUAACUUAUAUUUUAAGUGCAGGACCAGAUAAUUAUUUUAAUUGUUCAAUUACAAUAGAUUAAAUAGAAUAAUUAUAAAAUGUAAACUAAUUAAAAUCAGGAGGUUCAGAAUUGUAUUCAGCUGAAAAUACAUUAUAAUUCAAUUAUAAUAAAUUUGAAUGUGAGAGUAAUGUCACAAUGCUAAAAUAUGAGAAUAUAUAGACUAAUUGUUAAUAUGUAGUUGGUAUAUAUAGUAAUGUUGAAUAUAUGAACUAUCAAAUAUUUAUUAAGGGAUAAGAAUAGCAUAUUGAAUUAACAGAAUCAACAACUCAUCGUAGUUAUUUGAUGGAAUAUGAUACAGAUUUAUAUUAAUUCACAAUUGAUAAUGAUGAAGAAUUAAUUGAAGUAGUAUUCUAAAUAACAGCCAUUACUGGUGAAUAUGAAGCUUAUGCUUCCAGAUUAUAUGAUAAACCUAAUUCAACAUUCUAUGAUAGAUAUGCCAAUAUGGAAUUAGAUGUCUUAUAAUAUAAAGCAGAGACUGAAACUUAAGGUUUAUUUGGAUAGUAUUAUAUUCGAAUAGUGGCCAAGGCAUUACUCAGAUAUACAAUUACUCCUAUAAUUUAUAGAAAAUCACAUGAAGAAAUUAAUUAUAUUCAUCUCACUGAAAGUAUCCCUUAUAAUCAUUUACAAACAAAAAUUGAUUAAGUUACUUAUUUUAAUUUUGAAUACAGAUAGAAUGGUCCUUUGUUUAUACAUUUAAAUGGAAUUUAUGGUUAUUUUAUAUGUUAUGUUAUUGGUACAAAUGGUAUUAUUGGUAAUAAAUAUCCUAAUGAAAGUCAAUAUGAUUUUUCACUUAGAAGUUCAUAACAUACACUCAUAAUAGAGAAUCCAAAAUAAUAUUAUUAUGUUUAAGUCAGUUCUACUUCUCUUGGUCUUAAUGAAUCUUAUGAAAUUCAAUUCACUUCAUCAAGUUCAUUAAUGGAAUUAUUUUAUGGAGAACCACUCAUUACUCAAUUGGAUAAUUUACAUUAAGCUUUUUAUUAUUAUUAAUCACCUUAUGCAUUAGAGAAAUUAUUCAUAAUUAGAACAUAUACAACUGAAAUUAAUGAAUAGAAUAAUCUGAAAAUUUAUGUUAGUAUGAAAUAUAAAUUUCCAAAUAAAGAUAAUUGUGAAUUAGAAUUAUUAGAUUCAUCUAUUUAUUUGACUUUAUAAAAUAUCAAAGAGAGUACAAUUGUAUAUAUUGGUGUAGAGAGUAUAGGAUAUAAUGAAUAUUCAUUGUUGAUCAGAGGUGUAUCUGGUAUUACAGAAUUAUUGGAUAAUACUGUUUAAUAGGUACCAGUUCCUUCAUUUGAAUAAUAUUAAUAAUCUGAUUUAUAUUUUGUUGUUCCAAAAGAUCUCAAGAAUACUAUUCAAAUAUAAGCAUAUACUUAAUUUGCUGAAAUAGAAUUAUUUUGUUCAAUAAAAGAUUAUGCUAUAGUAUCUAAAGAUUUAAAAAACAAUAAUCAUCAUAUAUUUCCUAAUUCUUCUAAUUAUGAUAUUGAAGAAGAGAUUAGUGCUAGUAUUUCAAAUAAAUUAUUGAUCAUUAAUUAAGAAUAAUUAAAAAAUUGUUAAAAUUAUAAAUAAGGUUGUGUAUUAUUGAUAAGUGUAAAAUUAGAUUUAUAAUCAUUAUAUUCAUAUAUCUUUGGUAAUUCCUAUAAUAAUAUAUCAACAGUAGAUGGUGAAGAUGGUUAUUUCAAUAUAAUGAUAUCUACAUAAUAUUCAAUAAUAAGAAAUGGAGAAAUGUUAAUAGGACAUUCUGGAGAGAAUCUCAUGUCAUAUUAUUAUUUUUAUGUAGACAAUCCAGUUGAAUUCAUAUAAAUUGCAGCUAGACCUAUUGAUGAUUGUGAUCCAGAUAUUUAUGUAAACAAACUAAUUAAUGAUAAUAUCACAUAUCCAACUGAAGAUUCAAAUACUUAUAAAUCAUUGUCAUAUAAAUCAGACAUUCUUAUAAUAAGAGAAUCUAAUAAUGUUGGAUCUUAUAUAAUAGGAAUUUCUGGAUUUAGAAAGUAAUGCACAUAUGAAUUACUAUUAAAUUUUGCAGAUAUAGAAUUGUAUUAUAUAUCAAAUGGUCAAUUUACAAGUCAUCAUAUAAAUUAGACAGUUUAUUAUUUCUAUUAACAUAUACGAAAAGAAUCCUUCCGUAUAAUGAUUCAAGGAAUUAAUAAUAUAGAUGUAGCUAUUAAUACCUACUCUUAAUAUAAUGAUAGUGAUGAUGGUCUUUUUGAUCUUCUACCUUAUUAUGGAACAGAUGAAAUUUAAAUACUUUAAGAACAUAAUGAUAAUCUUUUUGGUGGGAUCAUUUAGAUUAGUUAAUCAAAUUAACACUUUUGUUAUUAUUGUACAUAUAUAAUUGCAUUAAGACCAUUAAAAAGUGCUGACAUUUAAUUAUUAAUUGCAUAUAAUUCAAUACCAUUGGAUAUUGAGUAUGGUAGGAUAUAUUAUGAUUAAUGUCUUUAGAGUUGUAAAUAUUAUGUUGAACCAGGAGAUUUAAAUAUAUUUGUAUAUUCAUAAAAUAUAGAAUUACAUUUUUAUGAUAAUGAUGAAACUUUUAUAUUCAGUAUGAAUCUUAGUAAUUCUUAACAUAUUAUACCAAUUAAUUCAUCAUAUACACUUAGUAUUGUUAAUCCUAAUUCAAAUUAAGUGGCUUCAUAUUGGUUGAGUUUAUAGAGUGAAUAAAACUUUAUCACUUUGCAUUUAGGUAAAUCAUAUAAAGGUAAUAAUACUGGUGAAUAGAAUGUUACAUCAUUUACAUUCACUCCAAUUACAACAAUAUAAUGGUACACCAUAAUUGUUAAUUGUAAAUCUAAUGUUAAAGUGGAACUCUUUUAUAUGUCCAAGAAUAUUACAGAAUUUAUAUUGAUUAAUCCUAUAUAAGAAUGGAGUAUUAGUAAAUCUUAAUUAGAAUUGAAAUAUUAAUUGCCUAAUGUAAAUUACUUUUAUAAAAUUACCUUAUCAUGUCAAGGUCAAUUUAGUAUCACUAUAAAUUUGGAAGGUUUAAAAUAUAUUGAUUCUAAUUAACAUUAUAUAGAAUAAAUACAAUCUACUUAAAUUUACAAUAUAUAUGGUACAAAAGGAUAAGAAUUAAUGAUUGAAAAAAUUGAUUGUUUAGGUUAAACUGAAAGCAAUAUCAGUUCUUAUCAAUUUAGAAAUUCAAGUGAUAUCUAUUUUAAUGUAACUCCAACCUCUUUUGCUAGUUAUACAAAAAAUGGAUUAUCAAUUAGAAAAAACAUUUAUAGUUUGGUACCUCAUUUAUAAUAUUCUCAUGAUGUUUGGUAUUCUAAUAAGACAAUCACUUAUUAAGUAGUAGAAAAUAAGGAGAAUUAAACUUUGAUAGUUUCUGUAGAUACAAUGACAAGAAAUAAGACUGGUCUUUUAGAACUCAAGAUGCUUAUGUAAUUAUUUAAAUUGUAUUAUAGUUAUCAAUUACAUUAUUCAAAUCAAGAAACAUUUAUGAAUGCUUUUGGAUGUCAAAUGGAUAUUGAAUCUCUCAAGUAUUACACAAAUAAUUAACUGUAUCAUAGUAAAUCCUUAUAAACAAUUAAGGAGGAGGAUAACAAAGUAUCUUUUUAAGGUAUAUAUAUUCAUUUAUAUUAAUUAUUAAGUUCCUCUGCCUGAGGAUCAUAAAGUACUUUAUGGUUUGAUUGUAUUCUAAGCAUUCUAUUAAGGAUAUGAUACUCCCUAUACCUAUUUCUAUAACAGUAGUUUGAUAUAUAAUUAUACGAAAUCAGAUGUUAAGAUUAAGGAGAAUGAUAAUUAGGAUUACUUUGAGAAUAAGGAUUAGAUUAUUAUUAUUGGAAUUAUAGUGGUUUCAUUUUUAGUUAUGAUAAUAUUGUUUUUUGUAAUAAGGAAGAUAGUAUAGAGAAGGAAAUAAGGAAAAUUAGGUAAACCAAAAAAUAUAUAAGCAGAUGAAGAAUGGGAAUAAGUAAAAGCAGUAUGAU